GCCGCGCUUAAUGCGCAUUGUCAGUUCGCCAGUUGCCGCCGUCUGGAAUCCUGCAUCCUCAUUCAUCGCCCCCACCGGACACGACCAACAGUCGGUUUCCACAGGUCACAACCGCCAUAAUAUUGUUUACUGUACGUGCAAUACCAACUGCAUGCGCCUGCGUCCCGUCGUGUUUCAAAUAACUUCGAUAGCCCUGCCGCCGUCUCUUCGUCGAGGUUAGGAGCACAGUCAGACGUCAAUUAAUUGUUGCCGGCCGCCAGUUGAUAACCGCUACGGCAACGAGCGACAAUUUUAUUGUUGUCAAUAAUCAAUCGUCCCGCUCACUACCCCGUUUGUGUGCAUGUGUGUGUGUGAUUUGUAUACACUUAUACAUCUUUAAGGCGGGUUUCCACUAUACACGUAUGCGUGUACGUGCAUAAAAAUUCUUCGCUGUGAUUGGUUGGUAUACAUGGUAAGCAUUUGGUAUACCAAAGUGUUUAUACGUUCUUACCGCACGAUUAACCAUGUUACCGUGUUGUUGGACAUUGCUGAACAUUUUUCGUGUACACGGCACACCAUUGUGAUAAGGAGAUGAUAAAGUAACUGAUAUUUGAUUUCCAUAUACCUAUUUUUACUUGGACGGUGAAAAACUGAAAACUGAAAUAAAAUAAAAAUAACAAAUAUGGAUCCGUCUAAAAUAUUAGGAAUGCUGUGCAGACACUGCAGUCAGUUAAUACCAAUUAAUGAUAAAAACCACAAAUGUUUAGCAAGCACUGGUCAAGCGAUGUAUAAAUUCAAAAAAAUUGAGCCCAAAAUGUCUUCAACCGUAUCAGCAUAUCCAGAGCCUUCAACAUCAAAACCAUCAUUAAUCUCAGACUUCUUAACUGAAAUUGAACGUGAAGAACUAAAUGUAUCACCUUCAAACCUCUCAGAAAACACUUCUGAUGAUGAUGAUAAUGAGUUUUAUAGCAGUCUUAUUGCUGAGGUAAAUGAACGAAAUCCACUAUGGGACCAUCGUCUCCCAUUGGCUGCUCGUUAUGAGCCCAUAAAACAAAAUUUAUGGAAUGAGAUUUACGUAGCACUGAACGGUAUAUAUUCGAUAGAUGUGUUGAAAAAAAAGUGGAAGUAUCUGAGAGAAAAGUUUGUUAGAGAAAAAAAAAACCUGCAAGUGGUGCUGCUGGAGGGAAGAGGAAAAUAUGGUGCCACAUGAACUCAUUAGAAUUUUUAAAUGAUGUAGUUACAGGCAAUUAUAG